AUAAUUGUUGCGAUAUUCCAUAAAUCAGUUUGAGUGCAUCAUUUCUAUAGUUUUUAUGGUAAACAUAAUUUUACAUAAAAUCAAUAAUUCACAGACUGUUAUAAACAAACUGCAUAACCCGACACAACAGUCUGUCAACAGAGCCAUGAAUCGAACCCGAGAGCACACGGCCGCCCGCCGCCGCUCGCCGCCACGCCGCGCGGCCCGGCGACGUCACCGCCUAGUCUAUUUCGAAGCGUAUACGAGAUUUCCGCGAGUUUUGCGCGAAUGUAUUUUUGUAUGCGUCCGAGCUGUUCCCACCUACAUAUAAACAGAAAUACAUCGGGAGUGAAUUUUAAAAUGACACCGUGGAGGUCGCAGCGGCACGAGCCGCGCCGCCCCUGAACUUUGCCGCGUAAUGUUAUUUAACGCUAAUGGGCACGUGAACCAACUACAGAUUAGCUUAUUGUUACGUACGCAACGCGUGUGAGCUCGCGUGUUAUCCGCCUUCGUUGACGGGGUACUGAGACAUUGAUCUUUGAGGUAAGAAAUGCACGAGGCGGUUGCUAAUUGCUAUCGCUGUAUCGUACGUAUCGCUACGUCACUGCCCCGUCGCCGGACAGCGCCCCCUAAUCACACACUGAGAUGGCGCACGAGAGCGCGGGCCGGACGGAGGGCUCGCCGCAGCACACGCCCUCUCCUCCGCACGUGCCGCGCCUCUCCUCAGCCGACACCAACAGCUUCCACCAUCAGAUCAUGCAGAACCACGCACCAAGAAACAACCAUAUCGUGGAGAGAGCGAAACAAACUUUAGAGAACACAUUCCUGUUGCAACUGAAGAAGCAGCAGCAACUGCAGCAGGAGAUACUUCUGCAGCAUUUCCAGCAGCAGCGGCAGCAGCUUGCGCAAGAGCAUGAGAACCAAAUCAGGGAACAUUUGAAAGUGUUGGAAUUGCAGCUGUGGGAGCAGCAGAAGGCAAUGGAGGAGGCGGCGAAGCGCGAGGAGGCGCGGGAGGCGAGGGAAGCGCGGGAAGCGAGGGAGCGGCACGAGCGGGACCGCAGCGAGCUCCUGCGCAAGAAGGACAGCCACGAGCGCACGCACAGCGCCAACGCCUCCACGCAGGUCAAGCAGAAGCUGCAGGAGUUCCUUAAGAAGAAGCAAGCCGCCAACGGGACGGUCGCCGGAUCGUCGUAUAGAAAUUGGGGCAUAGUGAAGUCGUCGUCGGGCGAGUCGAUCACGUCGACGGGCGCGACGGCGACGGCGCACCCCUACCGCCUCACGGCGCCGCUGCCGCCCGCGCUCAACGCCGCGCCGCCGCAGCCCUCGCCCAGCGACUACCCGCUGCGCAAGACCGCGUCGGAGCCGAACAUCCUGAAGGUGCGGCUGAAGGCGCGCGUGAUCGAGCGCCGCUCCUCCCCGCUCGCGCGCCGCCCGCUCAAGCCGCGCGCCAAGCAGCGCAACUGCGAGGGCGGGUCCCCGCGCGCGGCGGGCGGGUCGCCGGCGGGCGGCGGCGCGUGCGCGGCGGCGCCCAUCCGCGAGGAGGAGGAGCACGCGCGCGCCGCCGACGCGCUGUUCUCGUCGCCGUCGCUGCCCAACAUCCCGCUGGCGCGCCACCACGCGCCGCGCCUGCACGCGCCGCCGCCCACGCACCACGCGCACGCGCAGCACGUGCCGCACGUGCCGCACGUGCAGCAUCCCACGGUGGCAGCAUCACUGCCGCCGGUGUCAGAGGCGGAGGCGUCAUGCUGCGUGAGCGCAGGUGUGGGUGUAGGGGUGGGCGCGGCGGCCCGGCUCGGCAAACGGCCGCUCGGGCGCACGUACUCCGCGCCGCUGCCGCUCGGCGACGCCGCGCUACAGCCGCCCGUUGCACACCACUAUUUGCGCGACCAGAUACGGAAAACUGUGCUGACGCGUGCGCACGACGCGGCUGCGGCACAGCUGCGCGAGGAGGAGGGCGAGGUCAUCGACCUCACCGCGCGCCGCGCCGAGCCCGCCACCAGCCCCGUCGGGCCCGGCGUCGUGCUGCCCGUGCUGCCCGCGGCGCCGGCGGUGGCGGGGCACGCGGUGGAACCGGCGCCGUUGGCACGCGCGCUGUCUUCGCCGCUGGUGGGCGCCCGCGCGCCGCCCACGGGCCUCGCAUACGACCCGCUCAUGCUCAAACACGGCUGCGCGUGCGGUGCGCACGCGCCGACGCACCCGGAGCACGGCGGGCGGCUGCAGUCGGUGUGGGCGCGGCUGUGCGAGACGGGGCUGGCGGCGCGCACGGAGCGCACGCGGCCGCGCAAGGCGUCGCUGGAGGAGCUCGCCGCCGUGCACGCCGAGGCGCACGUCACGGAGUUCGCGGCGCGCGGCCGGGACGCGGCGCCGCCCGUGCGCCGCCUCGUGCGCCUGGCGUGCGGCGGGCUCGGCGUGGACUCCGACACGGCCUGGAGCGAGCCGCACACGGCGGCGGCGGCGCGCCUGGCGGCCGGCGCCGUGCUGGACCUGGCGCUGCGCACCGCCCGCGGCGAGCUGCGCAACGGGUUCGCCGUCGUGCGCCCGCCCGGACACCACGCCGAGCCCAACCAGGCCAUGGGCUUCUGCUUCUUCAACAACGUCGCCGUCGCCGCGCGCAUCCUGCACACCAGGCUGCGUCUGCAGAGGAUACUCAUUGUCGACUGGGAUGUUCACCACGGGAACGGCACGCAGCAGAUAUUCUACGAAGACCCGCACGUGCUGUACAUGAGCAUCCACCGACACGACGACGGCAACUUCUUCCCGGGCACGGGCGCGCCCACCGAGUGCGGCGCCGGGCCCGGGCUCGGGUUCAACGUGAACGUCGCCUGGACCUCGGGCACCAACCCGCCGCUCGGGGACGCCGAGUACCUCGCCGCCUUCCGCUCCGUCAUCAUCCCCAUCGCGAAGGAGUACGACCCCGAGUUAGUGCUGGUGUCGUGCGGGUUCGACGCGGCGGCGGGCCACCCCGCACCCCUCGGCGGGUACAAGGUGUCGGCCGCGUGCUUCGCGCACAUGACGCGCGAGCUGAUGGCGCUGGCGGGCGGCAAAGUGGUGCUGUCGCUGGAGGGCGGCUACGACCUGGCCGCCAUGUGCGACUGCGCGCAGGAGGUGGUGCGGGCGCUGCUGGGGGAGGCGACCCCCCCGCCCGCCUACAGCGAGCUGGCGAGACCCCCCGCCGCCCCCGCGCAGGACGCGCUGCGCACCGCCAUCGCCGUGCAGACACACCACUGGCCCUCGAUCAAGCGAUACAGUGCAUUGGUGGGUCUGUCGGCGCUGGAGGCGGCGCCGGGCCUGUGCGGCGCGGGCGCGGGGGUGGGCGCGGGCGGCGCGGCGGCGCGGCGCGGGCGCCUGCAGACGGAGCGCGACGCCGCCGACACCGCCGCCGCCAUGGCCACGCUCUCCAUGCACCAGGCGCAGCCGCUGCCCAACACAUGUCUACGGUCGGCGGAGAGCUCGCGCUCGGUGUCGGAGGAGCCGAUGGAGCAGGACGAGGGCAAGUGAAGGGGCGGCGCCCCCCCUCCGGAGCCAGUCGCCCCCCCCGCCGCCGCUACACACAUUCCUCGCUGAGGUCCCGCUGCGGACCCGCCGCAAACGUCUCCUGCCAAAUACUCGCGUUUGUGUCGCGACGCGAAUGUGUGACAAUGCGUGCCGAGUGACAACGACAUGUGACAUACUGUGACGAGUGACAAGGACGAGUGUCGCUCGAGGACACCGCCGCUGGAC